AACGCAAAUUUGGACGCUCUGUCCUCGAGAAGUUACUGGAAUUUAUCGUGCCGACAAAACAGCAAAACCCAGUGCGAUUGUGCGUGCCAUCGGUAAACAAAUCGAAAAUGUAAAGCCAGAAUCGUGUUACAGUGCAAGUUGUUUUGUAUUUUAUAAGUUUGUUUUGGUUGUUGCGUGUAUCAGAAGUGUACGGAGAAAAUACAAGCCGCUCCAAUAUUGCAGAAGCGGGCUUCAGCAAAGCGGAGAUUGCAACGCGAACGGGAAAUGGCAGUUGCAUAAAUACACGCUGGAAGAUAGAUGUAUGAUGCAAUAAAUAAAGCGUUUGAUGAAUCACGACGCACGGUUUGUGAAGGUGACUAAACUCGUGAAGGAAAUAAUCGAUAUUCUUCACCACCAGUGCAUGCGAAGCAGAAGCAGAUACCUCCCAUCCCCUAUUGGUUCUUGUACAACGUCGCUGUGUAUGUGUGUGUUUGUGUGUGUGUGCAGUUGUCGUAAGUUUGCGAAAAAAGUUUCCACCGCUGGUGAAAUCCCUCACGGCGAGGAAAAGUAAGAAAAUUAGUGUGAAGCAAUAAUAAUCAUCGCAAAGCGAAAAGGAAAUAUAAAACAAGAAAAGGGCAACGGCGACGAUCUCUUCGUGACACCGGACCGACGGACGGACGGAAAAUUUAUGGUGGCCGACGUGGUGGAUUAGACACCGGGCGACAACGUACCGCAAAGAGGGGGAACAAAGAAGGGAGGAAAAGCAAAAAGGAUUAAAACAUCUUAACCCGGGUUUGGUGUUGUGUUACGACCAAAAGCCGCUAAGAUGGAGAACGGCGAUGAUCGGGUUUAUGCUGCGGAGAAGAUUAUGAAAAAGCGUGUCCGGGCGGGCAAAGCUGAAUACCAGGUGAAAUGGAAAGGAUGGAGCCAGCGACACAAUACCUGGGAGCCAGAGGAAAACAUUCUCGACCAGCGUCUGAUAGAAAUAUUCGAGAAAUCCAUACGCGGUUCGUCGACGCCGAAACGCAAAAAGAAAGCCAUCAUCGAGGAUUCGGAUGAGGAUGAGGAACCGACGAGUACGAUGGGUCCGUCGACGUCCGAGCCCGAUCCACCGAAAAAAGAAGAACGCAAGGAAUCGUCGAGUGCUGGGCGGAAAGAACGCGAUGAUAAGCAACACCACCAAGGUGGAUCCAAAAAGGAAAAGGAAACAGGAGCGGGCGCCGUUUCAAGCAGCAGCAAUACCGGUACUACGGAAAGUACAAAACGAAACAAUAGCAUCAGUCCGAUUGGUGGCAGUCCAGCGACAAAAGAAAAAUCAACUGCAUCAGGACACACGACGGCAACGGCAGCAACCGAGCGAAGCGACAAUGCAUCACCGGCGGUAGCUGGAAGUGGAGCUGUCGUCCCAGUUGGCGGUGUACAACCACUGCCUAGUUUGAAGAUCUCGAUUUCUGGCGAUCGUGCCGAGCUGGGAAACGAUCUUGAUACCAACUCCAACUCGAGUGAUGAUCAACCGCUCAGCCAUAAGGACGUCAUCGGUACGAAGCGAAAGGCCGAAGUACUUUCGAAGGGUGGAAAGGUCGGUGUGACCAUUAAAACAUCUUCGCCUGGCGACGAAUCACCCGGCGGUCUUUUGAAGGCACAGCGGCUCGAGGUGAGCCCACUGUCCGGUUCCGGACCGGUAGCUUCCGGAUCGACCGUCACGCCGAUCAGUGCAACGUUUAGCAAGUUGGAUCUGAAAGCGGUCGCACCACUAUCACCCGAUACGCCCGCUUCCCGGCCCGAAUCCAACAUUCCGCCACCGGCCGAAGCCAAUGCGCUCCCCGGCGGAGCGGCGGCGGUGGUAGCGGCGGGCGGACUGCCUGCCGGCCGGGAGGAAGCGAACCCUUUAGAAGGUCAAGUUGCCGGUCAACAGCAGCAGCAGCAACCGCAACAGCAGCAGGAUGGUGCAGCUAAUGGUGCCAACGCGCGGCUACAUAAUGACGCAUUUCCACUGACCAACGGUAACAGCAACACUAACAACAACAAUAUGCACAUAACCAUUAACAACAACAACAACAACAUCAACAAACAUGUCAGCAAUCUAACGCUCUCGCCGCGGGCGGCACCACCCCGUCUUUGGCUUCCCAAGGCGCAAACGACCAACCAGGUGUUUAUAACGGAUGUGACCGUUAACCUGGAGACGGUUACCAUACGCGAAUGCAAGACGGAGGAGGGUUUUUUCAAGACCCGUGACAUGCAACAGCAGCAACAAGAGCAAGAACAACAGCAUAAGCAGCAGCAGCAGCAGCAGCAACAACCACGAGUCGGUGAUCUGCUAACCAAUUAAGCAGCAGCAUAGUAUUUUUUUACUAUGGAUCAUCAUCAUGAUCAUGACCGAUCGUGUGACGUAUUUUCCUUGUACCUGUGAAAAUGAGCAGUGCAUUUUUGGCUAUGUUUGGAAAUGUUUUUUUUUCUACUAUGUACACAACACGCUCUUUACAAAAAAGGGGAAUGUGGCCAAACUUCUGCUAUUAGCAAAAACCGGAAAUCAAACGAAUGAUAGCGAGGAGAAUGUGUGUUGACUACUCACUAACGUAUGUCCUAUAUCUUUCACAUACGGGACCGACUAUCCGGCUAUGGUAAAAGCAUUAAAGUUUCCAUUAGUCAGCCAGCAAGCCAGACUAGGCAAGCCAAGCAACCGAUAACCGAACGUUAAGCCAAACAGCAGAAAGAGAGCAGAAGAUGGAAGGGGAAAAGGAAAAAUAAUGUACAUACUACGUAAUGUAAGUUAGCUGGCCAACCGCACAGCUAAGGGCAUUGAAAUGGUUUGAAUUAGAUCCGUACGAUCAUCACCGUUUCGUAAGGAGUUACUCCUUGUAACAGUAUAAGAUCUGGUUGGUGUAUGUACAUAGACAUUUAGGAGCAGUUUUCAAUGAUUGGAACGAGGGCAGAGGCUAAAAGUGCGAUAACGUUUAAUGCAAACGUGGAGCUAAGUUGACAAUUUUUUAAUAUUUUCUUAACCCGGCAUUAGUGGAGCGAUGUGGAGCGAUAGAGGAUGCUUUUUUCAGAACCUCUCCGUACGUUUUGCUGACAGUAGGAAGCUUGAAACGUGGUGUGGAAAAGAAAAAGCUUUCAAGUGUUUUUCGUUAAAACAGUAUGCAAUCCACGUUCAUCUCUCAAUUAAAGUAGGAUUUGUUUUAAUUUCGCUCUUACUUGUCACACUUGUCUCUCGCUAGUUUAUAGUUCGCUAUUCGAUUUUAUUGCUUGCUUUCCAUGGAAAGUAUUCUGUCUAAGGACGGCUAUGAACCAAUACAUACAUUUCGAUAUGUAGUUUUUAAUUUGAAUGAUUAGUUGGUUUUACCAAUUUUUUAACAUUAUAUGCCCCAUAAUGGAGGGAGUAAUAAGAAUAAUCUAUCCAGUGCAACAUCUAUCGAGCUUCUCUUUCCUCUUUUUGUUUAAGGAACUUGGCACAUUGAAGGGAUUAAUCCGUUUCCGGUAAAAAGGAUUGUAUUUUAUUUUUUAUUAUAAGCGAUAUGUUGUUUGUUGAGAGGAAACAUUUUCUGGGCGUUUCAAGGUGGCCUAGCAGCGUACUUGUUUUAACGUUUAUUUAUUGAUAACAGGCGUAAAGGAAACAACCGGACAUAAGAGAGCGUAGAUAAAUGCGUGCCGCGGUCUCGAACGUAUGAAGAACGUAUUUUUUUGAAGAGGCUUUCAUAAAGACCCACGCAAUUGUUUAACUUAUCGCUAAAUCAGUCUCCCGUAGAAGCGAGAAUCCAAGAAUGUUCCAAACUUGAAAUCUAAUUAAUCGUAAUCGUCUAACGAGUUACUCAUUUAAGCGAUCUUUGCUGCUUUAGAAUUGAGUUUGGGCAUCAGAGAAAGAAGAGUACAUUUAAUUUCUAAAUUAUUUGUCAAGAGGAGAUAUACAUUCAGAAACUUCACACAGAAAAUGUCAUUUUCGUGUUUUUACACAUACAACAGUGUGAGAUGUCGAAUUCACUCAAAUUUUAAAGUUUUUCUAACUCUUUCUUCGGGGGAACGCUGUAACUAAAAUCGUGCUUGUGGUAUCCACUUCACGUUCCGUAAAAAAGGAAUCGUAAUUCCAAAAGUUGGAAUAAAUUUUACGAACAAGAUAGUAAAUUUUAGUACUUGCGGAGUAGGAUUUUGAAAACUUCAAUCUGUGGUGAACUUGGUGAAUUUAAAAUCAAUCAGUUUAUUUCCUAAAAAUAAACAUAUAAAAUUGAUUUUAUUGAACGGGCUGAUUGUAUAUCUCCGCUCAAUGGUUUAUUCGCGCUCAAUUCCACUUGAGCAGCAGGGACAAACGCACCAGCAAAUAAUGCAACAAAUGUGGUCGAAAAAUGAAUAUAUGAUGUAUGAUCUUGUAAUUUAUAUUAUUGUAUGACAUCUCCCCAGCAUUUACAUCGUGCGCUUUGAGUUCUAUUAAUUAAUGUACCUUUUGAGGGCGUAUUUAUCCGGUUGUACGUUUGAUUAGAACAGAUGCUAGAGGAUAGCAAGCAACACCAUCCACAACAAGCUCUUUAGAAAUGGAUACACAAACAGGUGGUCAAGUGGUGGAGAACACAACAUGGCAGGUUGUUGAACCGUAAAAGAGCAAUACAACUUUCCAAUAACGGUUGACAAAAUCGUGAAGUGAUCAAUUUAUGUGCGAUUUAUACUAGCACCACGGAGGGAACUCAAAACAACAAACUGCAAGAAGAAUAAAGAAACAAGCAAACAACCUUACAAUAAGCAAAGCAUAUUCUGCUAUCUUUAGAAUAGUGCAUUAAUAUCUUUCGUAGUUGAUAGUGACAAAAAACAAAACAUCUAUUGUUAUCAUAGUUUAAGCAAGUAAUUAAAACAUGUGUAUG